UGAGACUAUUUGGUAUUCAGAGAGCUGUCUCACAUUUCUAGUCUCAAAAAAAAUCACUAAUUUGUCAGCUGGUUGAGAGCAGGUCACUAGUCAGAAAAUUUACACAAUAUGGAGGAAGAAAUAAUUGCUUUUUAUUUAUGGGCGAAAAAACUCGAAGCUGAAAUAAGAAAUGCGCAGAGGCGAAAUCUAAGAUGUUUGCGCGAUAGAGAAGAUCCGUUUGCACUGGAUGAAAAUACUUUCAGAGGCUUCUUUAGACUUCCAAAAUCUUUCUGCUGGGACCUUAUCCAGGGCUUAAAACCGCACGACAGUCGCAAAUUUGGAAUUUCAUUUGAGCUUCGAUUUAUUUCAGUAUUGUACUUUCUCUCCAAUGGAUCGUAUCAAAGCUGUGUAGGAAGUGGUCACUUCUGUGCUAUGAGUCAAGCUAGUGUUUCACGCAAUAUUAAUUAUAUUUGCAGACUUGUAGUCGAACACAAACAUAGUGAAUUAGCUUUCCCAAUACGACUGAACAAGACAACAAUAUAAAAAAAGGGUUUCACAACAAGUUCGGCAUAAAGGGCGUGAUUGGUGCAAUAGACUGCACUCAUAUUGCCAUUCUUGCGAGGCGAAGAGUUCUUCGUUACUAUAAUUUUGUGAUCUACAACCAACUGCUUGAUAGUGGCUAUUGUUAUAUCUACCGAGUCCUUUUUCAGAAUCACGCCCCUUUUAUUCACUUUCGCUACGAUUAUAACGAGUGAUCCCUUCUUGUUAUCUACGUUCUUUGGUCAUACCUGGACAAAUGUGGAUUUUAAAGUGCUCUGAAAUUUUAGUUUAGUUUAAAAUAAGUUUGGUUAACCAAACUUAGACAAAAAUCCAGACGUGAUGGAGCAAACGGACUUCAGAUUCGUGUUCAGCGACUCAAAAACAUAUAACAGACUAGUUUUGGUGAAACGAACCUUUCAUCGAUUUUUUUUGUGGAACUGUGCAAUUUUUGUUGAAUUUGGUAACUUUUUCUGGUGAUCUU